GAUAACACCUUACUUUCCCAUCACUUCUUGAAAGUGUCAUUUAUAAAUCAUACAUGUACAAUAUAUAUUUAGAGAAUGUAGGAAUGAUUUAGCCGUCAAAACACAAGAAACGCAGAGUUGUCACACAAAAAAUUAAAACAGAGCUAAACACGGAUGAAGAGAAAGGGAGACUUCCACAGUUGGACGUCGCAAGUUUAAAGGAGGCAAAUUGAAGGGUGAAGGGGACGUAGGCCUGCUUUAAAAAGGGAACCAAGAUGUCGGAUCGCAAGGCUGUGAUAAAGAAUGCUGACAUGAGCGAGGAGAUGCAGCAGGAUGCUGUUGACUGCGCCACCCAGGCAUUGGAGAAGUACAAUAUCGAGAAGGACAUUGCUGCCUAUGUCAAGAAGGAGUUCGAUAAGAAGUAUAACCCCACCUGGCACUGUAUUGUUGGCCGCAAUUUUGGAUCGUAUGUCACUCAUGAGACGCGUCACUUUAUCUACUUUUAUCUGGGUCAGGUGGCCAUUCUCCUCUUCAAGAGUGGCUAGUCUAUAGUCGCUAGACGGACCCGCCACCAAAAAUAUUGAAGGAAACCAAACUCCAUCGAUAAUCCCGUAUUUAUUUUAUUUGAAAUGGCAAGUUUGUUUCAAGCUGAGGCCCAGUGCCUAAAUCUGGUGGAUAGAUCGUUGCGAUAUUGCUGUUGUAUCUGGCGGCUUACAAGUUUCGGUUCGAUAGUUCAAUACCCAAAAUCAGUUUAAAAAACAAAAACACGACGUCAAAACCGUGCUGGAAUUUUCUUUUCCAAAUUCUAAACUACACUCCUCUACUCCGAUGUUCUAUUAAAUUUAUUGCUCUCCA